CUUAUUGUGCUAAGAGUAGACCAUCAUAAUGCGCUCUGGCUCUCUUAUUAUUAACAAAAAGGCCAGCGAGAGGAGACAAUGUCCUACAUGCUCUUAGCUAUCCUCUCCCUCCUCCUCCUCUUAAGAGGAACAUACAACCAGAGAACAGUACAAGAUGAUAUGAAGCAGUCUAGCCUCCAGCAAGAAAGCCGUCCAUUAGUCUACCUUGCUAUCCUCUCUAGAAAUGCAGCCCAUCUCUUACCACAGUACCUGGGAUAUAUAGAGGGACUUAACUAUCCAAAAGAUAAAAUUAUAAUUGGUUUAUAUAUUGGUCAGAGUGUGGACAAUACGACAAACCUGCUACUCGAAUGGUCUGAGAAUGUCCGAUCAAUCUACAAUAAUGUGCUAAUAUAUGAAGAUGGAGACAUAUUCCCAUUGGGAGACAGUGAGCUCUUCUCCUGGUCUGACUCAAGGCUGGAGUACAUGUGUAAACUCCGACAGGAUGUACUGAGCAAUGCUAGAAUGGCUAGAGCUGAAUAUCUAUUUUUUGUUGAUUGCGAUAAUUUUCUUAUAAACCCAGAUGUCCUAAUAAGACUAAUUGAAGCAAAAAAGCCUAUAGUAGCACCACUUUUGAUCUACGAUAAAGAAAGAGCAUUUAGUAAUUUUUGGGGAGGACAGAAAGAAAAUGGUUAUUAUCUCAGAACAGAAGAGUACCUGCCAAUAGUAACACGCUCCAAUCUUGGCUGUUUCAAAGUUCCUUUAGUCCAUUCAACACUUCUAAUUGAUUUAAGAACAGUAUCCUCAGAAUCACUUGCCUACUGGCCACCUCCUACUGAGUAUAAAUGGAACAUUGACGACAUCAUUUUAUUAUCUUACUCUGCAAGAGUUAAUGGUAUUGGUAUGUAUAUAUUGAAUACUGAUGUGUUUGGUUAUCUUUUAAAAACUGGAGAAUACGCUUCACUUGAACAUGCAAUUAGAGAAACAGAUAAUUGGAAAUUAAAGACAAUAGUUAAUCAUUAUCCUGUGCCUGUGAGUCAAUUUAUAUCUAUCCACUCAGAGAAAGAAAAAGCUGGAACAGAUGCUAUUUAUAUGAUCAGCUUGGAGAGAAGGACAGAGAGGAGACAGAGGAUGCUGGCUUGUCUUGAUGUGCUGCAGUUUGACUAUACAUUAUUCAAUGCUGUUGAUGGAAAGAAAUUAAAUCAGUCUUAUUUAGAUGAGCUUGGUAUACAUUUUAUGCCAGGCUGGAAGGAUCCUUGGGGUGAAAGACCAAUGACAUUUGGAGAAGUUGGUUGCUUCUUAAGUCAUUAUUUCAUUUGGUUGAGGAUCAUUGCUGAAGAUAUGAGGACUGUACUAAUACUUGAGGAUGACAUUGAUUUCCAACCUAACUUUAAAUCAAAUCUUAAAAGAACAUUACAAGAAGUGAACAGUCAUGAUCCUGACUGGGACCUUGUUUAUGUUGGUCGUAAAAAGCUCAGUCCAAAUGUUGAGACUAUUAUUCCAGGAACAAAGAACCUUGUAAUACCUCGGUACUCAUACUGGACGUUAGGUUAUAUAAUAUCAAAUAGAGGAGCUGAGAAACUGAUAGCUGGGAAACCUUUUGAUAAUAUACUACCAGUUGAUGAGUACAUACCAAUAAUGUAUAAUGACCAUCCUGAGAGUGAUUGGGUCCAUUAUUAUGAGAACACUACUAGAGAUUUACGUGUCUAUUCUGCCUAUCCAUUGCUAGUCUAUCCAACUCAUUUUGCUGGUGAUAAAGGAUGGUACAGUGACACAGAGCCACUGAUUGAGGUACUGCAGGAGAUUCGUAAAAGAAAGUUAAAAGAAGAAGAAGAGGUAGCAGCAAAAGAGGAAAGAGAGAAAGAAAAUGAAAAGACAGAACUGUAACGAACUACUAUUAUUAGGUGAAAUGUACAUACAUGUAUUGAA